AUGGAUUGGAUGAGAUUGUUCGCUUUUCUGAUGGCUGUUGCUUCAGUCCAAAUUGCUGCAGAUGGAUCCAAGAAAAAGAUCCGCAUACAUCUUCCACAAAAGGUGAAGCACAUACACCAUCACAAGAAAAUUUACAUUACGAAUCACCACGCGCCCGCGUCUUCACAAUACGCACCGGCCUUCUUACCCAGUGCUGAGGGUGCAGUGGCUGUCCCGACAAAUAUCGCGCUCCCAUCUGUUGCCAGCGUCGUGCCAUUAAACUCUGUUGAACUAGUUGAUGAUGCACAACACAGAAUACCGGGCGUUGCUCCAGCUUCAAGCAAACUCUUGCCAUUGUACCGCGCGCGGGGAUACUACGGACCAACUCCAUCUGAAUGGGACGAACAAGAAUAUGACGUUGCAGCGCCAUCAGAACCAAGUGAUAAUUCAUAUCCUCCUGCGCCGUAUGUUCCACCCACUGGAGUACCACCAGCUCCUCCACCUAAAAGAGUUAAAAUAGUCAAACCGAAAAAGGGCGUGCGAAGACCUAAACCGAAACGAGUACCAGUAAGAGGCAAACCUCCAACCGAAGAAGAACAUCCAGUAUCGAAAUUUCACGAACAUUUCUAUUCAGAUUUGAAUGGAUCGGGGACAAUAAAGAAAGUAAAGAAACCGCAACGAGUUGAAAAAAUAGUCGACGGUGAUACCGAACACAUCCAUACUUACAGCGAAGAACAUAUUCAUAAAUUAGUUUUCGAUGACGGGUCUAAACUAUCAAAUGUACUUGGAGUAGAUCCUGUCGCUAGUAUGUCUGGAAUUACUGCUGGACAUCCAUUAAUGCCAUUUAAGAACUCAUUGUUGGCGAUUCCUUCCGACAAUUAUCCAGGAUUUGCAGUCGGUUCCCUUGGAACUCCAUCUCAUUUGGAAUAUACUGCAUAUAAUCCACGCGAUGUGACUCAUGACCACAUUUUCCACGAUCACGGUGAAAUACCAGCGGAUCUGGAUCUUAGUAGAGAACCGUUAGGAUUUCCACCUAAAGUAUCUUACAACAGUCAAGGAUUACGUAUUAGUGAUGGAGCAAAAUCACAAAAGGCAAAAUAUUCUCAUAAAUAUUUAAGAGGAGCCAAACCUACAGUUGCUAAUGAUCUCUCAUAUUAUGAAAGUUUAUACACAGCUAACAGAAUAAAAAAACAUCCAAAUCCUGCGGUAUCACAUAUUGAAUCAUCAUUAGAUUCUAACCCCGUGCAAGAUUAUAGACCAAUACCAGCAUUUAAUUUUUUAGGAAAAAAUCCUAAUAAAAUUCGAAGUACAUAUAAUGGACAACCAACACAAGAUUAUCGAUCACAACAUGCUAAUAAGAAUUUUACUCCUUACUCAGUCUCUUCUACUAUAGUUCACGAUUACCAACCAAAGCCUACAUACCCAGGAGCAUUGCCACCGACAGGAUUUUCAAAAUUUAAAAACCCUGUAGUCAAUUUUAAUUCUAAUAAUUAUGAUUACGACGCUUACGCCUCUUCUUCAAAUAUAUUAUUUUCAGAAGACAAAAAUGACAAUGCGGACAUUGCUCCGCAUAGUUACAAGGGUAAAAAGAAAUCUGUAUCAACGCAAAACAUCAGCUUUGGAGGACAAGAUCAUCAGACAAUGGUCGAUCAUUUUGGUGCAAGCAGCGUUGUAUCAGAAGCAAUCCACGAAGAACCUCCUUCCGCCUUUGAAGACGUGAACAGUUACGACAAUACUAAGGCUUCUGAUAAUUUUUCACCUACGCCAUAUACUAUAAAAGAAACGUCACCAGCUCAUUUAUAUUAUACUGCAAUGGCUAUGAAAGCACUGUAUAAUGAACCAGCAUCGAUGCCAGAAGCCUCCAAUGACAACCUACAAUAUGCAGAACCACCCACACCGUCCGACGCUACCACGCCAUAUACGCCCUCCGUGGCUACAACAACGGAAAAACCAAAUGUAUACUUUGAAAUACAACCUUCAAAGACCUCAGAAAAUCCUGAGCAAACUUCCAAUUUUCCUUCCGACAAUGAGCAAAGAACGAGAGUAAAACAUCGACAUUCUACGCAAAGUCGAGACUCGAAGCAAAGAUAUUCUGUGAUCCAGGAUUUACGCUCAGUUAAGGAAUUAGAAAGUGAAAACAGAUUAGCGCGGAAAUUCGUACAUCAAAACCAAUAUUUACAUGAUUCCGCCAUAGAUUCAAGGGGGAAACUUAAGUAUGGCGACAAAAUAUGA